UACAGGUCAGUGAGUGAAAGAUAAUGUACUGAAUAACUGUUAUGGUAGGCCCUUGUAACUGCAAAGAUGAGUGUCAACUUUGUAGAUUAUUUCGCCAACGAGCACAAUGGAUACGACAUAUUAUAUCAAAACAUGAAAUACGGACUCAUUGCCAGCAAAGAACUCUCAGAGUACCUUAGAGAAAGGUCGAAUAUAGAGGAGACUAAUUCUAAAUCUUUGACUAAAUUAGCAAAACAGGCAAAUAGUAAUUGCGCGCAGGGCACGUUCGCACCCUUCUGGGGCGUACUAAAAUGUUCAGCCGAGAAACUUUCGAAUUUACAUCAACACAUGUUCCAAAAGUUGAGUGAACUGGUUAAAGAUGUUGCUAGGUAUGCUGAAGAGUUACACAAAAAACAUAAGGCGGUUAAGGACUCUGAAUCGAACACAUUAGAAGUAGUGCUGUUGAUACAGAACACCAAACAGGCAUUACAGAAGGCUAAGGAUGUGUACACUACCAAGUCAGCUGAGUUGGAGAAGCUGCGCAAAGACAAUGCUUCCACGAAAGAUAUAGAGAAGGCUGAGGUCAAAAUAAAGAAGCUACAUGAAGAUUAUAGGCAAUUGGCUGAAAAGUACAAUUUAGUAAAACAAGAUUUUGAAAAGAAAAUGACCCAAACCUGCAAACACUUCCAAGAUGUAGAGGAAGCACACCUGAAACAAAUGAAACAGUUUGUUAACUCCUAUGCUGACAUAAUACAGAACAACCAUGACCUCAUGGGGCAAGUCCACAGGGACUUCAAACACCAAUGCAUGGAAUUAACAGCUGAGAAACUGCUGGAACAGUUCCUGAUAGAGAAAUAUAAUGCUAUUGAGAAAGCAGUCCUAGUUGAGCUACCACCUUCAUUACCAAAGCCAGGGUCUGCUAACAAUUCUAUAUCUGAAGCUGAUCAGAUAUCAACAGUGUCAAAUGGAUCACACAAACCUGCUCAGCCAGCUAAGGCACCUAAGAAAGAGCCUUCAUUUGCUAGCAAGACUUCAAGAAGAACUACCUCCCUUUUGAAUCUGUUUACACCAAAUUUUCAAAGCAAGGAAGAGCCUAGUGGAAGCAUUGAAGGUGGUGCCCCAUGCUCUGCACCCUCCAGCCCCAGUGGAACACCUGCCACCCCGGUUGCUCCUGAUAAGGAUGACAAUAUGGGUCGCACUACACUCAGGGAAUCCAAAUGGUUCUUGAGAAGUAGAAGAACUAAACCCAAGCUGAAAAAAGCCAAGAAGAAAAAGGAUGAGAUAUCAGAAAACUCUAACCCAGGUGAAAAGUCUGAUUUAGAAGAGAAAGAAGAAGAGGUUCCAACAAAAGAAGACCUGAUGAAUUCUCCUGAAGUAGAUGAAGAAGGUUACUGCAUUCGACCAAAAGAUGAGAAAGGUAGCGUGUACUCUUCCACAGACUCUGACUCAGAAGAGGAGAGAGAACAGAAGAUCCAUGUAGAAAUAAAACCUAUAAGCAAUGGUUGUAAUCCCAUAUCAGCUAGUGUGGAUGAGCUUAGAGCUACAGUUGAAAACAUCUCCCUGUACAAAAUCGGAACGACGACGCGGCGUGGUUCUAACGCUAACACGAGCAAAGCUAGCAGCGACUUGUUAGACUUGAACUUCUUUCAAAGCCCGACAGUCAGUAACCCCGCUUCGCCACACGGCAAUGCCUCUAACCCGUACGCGCCAUUACAAGGCAAUCAAUCACAUCUGCUCGAAAGCCCCACUCCUGUUUCGAAUCCUGAUGUAGGAGAUCUGUUUUCUGAAGUUGGUGAGAUGAGCCAAUCAAACGUUCGAACUUCUACGCCCACAAUUUCAUCAAUCUCGCUUCCUCGGCCGCCAUCAAGGCGCUCUGAAGGUGAUUUCCGGACGGCCGGUUCGUCGGGGUCGCGCGGUCCGUCGCCUCUAACUAUAGGCAUGGCGGAUACGAUCCCGUUAGCUGUCGCUUUCCAUGAAAUUAUUCACUCCUAUUUCCGCGGUACGGAAGAGUCCAAGUGCCAAGUUAAAAUGUCAGGAGAUAUGAUGCUUUCCUUUCCCACCGGUAUCGUUGGCGUCUUGGCUAACAACCCGAACCCCGCCAAACUGUGUUUCAAAUUGAAAAAUAUACAUAGAUUGGAUAAUGUUCUACCAAAUAAACAAUUGAUAAGUAUCAACGCUAUGAUGUCUACUCGCGAUAACACGGUCGUUGAGUUCAACAUGCCAGCUUUAACCUCUCUUCUCAAACGGCAGUCGGAAAAAAAUCCAACAGCCCAAUAUUUCAACGUGGAUAUACUCAAAUACCAAAUACGACCAAAAACUGGCGCCGCAUCGUGUCCUCUGCAAAUGGUAUCAUACUGGAAGUGUGAAACUGACCACACUGACUUGAAAGUCGAUUACAAAUAUAACUUGCACGCGAUGAGUCCUCCGUCGCCCCUGCUGAACGUGUCUGUGUGUGUCCCCAUGACCGGAUCGGUUAAAAAUGUGAUCGCUAUGCCGAAGACUGCGUGGAGCGACGAGAACGAACAAGCCAUGUGGCGAUUCACAGAGUUAUCUCAACAUUCAGAGGACAGGGGCGUCGGCUCGCUGAAAGCGCGAUUCGAGCUGGCUAAAGGUCCGUCUAGCAAGUCGACAAUUUCGGCCCAAUUCAACUGCGAGGGCGCGACCCUCUCCGGCAUUGAGUUCGAACUAAUAGGCAGCGGAUACCGCCUGUCCCUCGUCAAGCGGCGGUUCGUCUCCGGCAAAUACAUUUGUGAUUGUGAUUUGAACUGAUUGGUCCAAAUUCUAAAACACUUAUGAUACACAUGUAUAUACUUAGCUAUGUUGUCGUAUAUUCAAGUGUGUAUGGGAUGCGUAGGUUUCUUAUACUACAAAUUUCUUAUGUGUAUGUUUUGGUACCUUAUAGGACUGUUUCCUGUCCACAAAAAAGUAAUUAAGUUACAAUAAUGUAUCACAACAUUGUUUGUCAAUUUUCGAGUUAAAUUGUUAGAUGUUAAUUUGGAAAUUGUAUUACUUAUUGAUUAGGAUAUGUUUCACAUGUACUAACUUAUUUUUCAGAAUAGUUAAUGUGCCAUUUUAUACUGUAUUUUGUAAAUUUACACAUGAGUACUUGACUGUUGCACUAGCACACAAUGGACACAAAUUUUUGUUUACAUUUUUAUUAAGUGGGUACUCAGCCUAUUAAUAAAAUAUGCAUCACAUUAUAUUCAUUGGAAAUAUGAUCUAAGGUCAUCAAAUUAGAUUUUUUAUACGAUAUUUGUGAAGAAAGAUUUUUUUAAUUAUUAUUUUUAGUUUAUCACUGCUGAGCAGAUUUUUUUAUUAAUUUGAUCCUUUGAAUAUAUUUUGUAGUAGUGUAACCCAGAAUAUAAAAGCUUUAAAGCAAUAUUAUAGCAUACUUAACUUGUAUAUGUUGUAAACGAAAUAUAUUAUGACUUUAAAUUAUAUUUUGAAUAAAACUGAGGUCAACAAUGAUAACAUUGUUUCUCCUUCGAGUUAAUAAGCAAUUGUGUAUUUGAAAAGUUAAUACAUACUUUGUUUGUAAUUAUUUAGAUAGUAGUGUCUGUUGUAUUUUAAAGGCCUAUGUGAUGAUGCAAUGAAAAUAAUUCAGAAGGCCACAAUCACUACUACAACUACUUAAAUACUUAUUCAUGAAAGGUUUGACUCUGUUAUUCAUAUUAAAUUACUUACACUUUGGUAUUCACAACUCUUGCAGAUUUGCAAAAUUCUUUUGGUAUUAUAUGGACUAGAACUAGUUUCUACCAGUAACCAUCUUCCAGUAAUCUCUUGCCAGUAACAGCAGUAUAAUUUAUUGAGAAAGAGUUUCAGUGGUUCUUUUUAUUAUAAAUUUUGUUAGCAAAACCUGGUUUAACCAUUCAAAAGAAAAUAAAAGAUGUCUUUACAUUACAGGUAUAAUAUGUUUUUGGAUCUGCAAAGAGUCAAACCUCACUUGAAUGAAACCUUUAUUCAUUGAUAAAUGUAACUCUUUUAAUGCAUAUUAAAAUAAUUGUUUAAUUGUUGCAAAUAAGAUUCAUUGAAUCUCUGAAGUAGCAUGUAUGUAAUUGUUUUAUCUUAAUUUACAACAUAAUAAUAACUUUCUUUAUGUUGAUGUUGUAUUCUUGUAGGCAGCAUUUAGAAAACGACCACCGGAGAAGAUGUUUUGUUAUUAUUAAAAAAAAAAAUAUUACUUUUCGUUUUAGUUCUUUGAUGAGAUAAAAGUAACGUCAUAUAACUUUAACUCAUUUAAAUGUAAUCUCAUAUUGUAAUUUAAUAUGAAUCCUUUUAAUAUCCCAGCGGCCUAAUAGUCACAGAUAUGAAGUGACUAACUUUACCAAAA